GCUCGGUCAUUGCCAAGGCGACUGGUAUAUAAACCAGCAAGUUACAUAAUUACCUGGCUUCCGCCGGACCAGGGCACACGGACAGACUUGAAUCAGGAUGGCGUUGAACCUGCUCAGCAAAAUAGUUUUAUUAGCGGCAGCUGUACAUCACGCCACGGCAUCAGUUCAUAGAACGCCAAGACAAAACGGCCCAGGCAGCAUUUUCACCGUCGGCAACGGAGAGCAAUGUCUGGGCUCAGACAGGACAACAGGCGGUGUGUGUCUCUCCAGAAACCAGUGCAACACCCAGGGGGGAAAGGCUAUAGGCUUCUGCGGAGUCUUCGCCACUUGCUGCUCACUGAACGCCUGUGACGUCAGAACCAACACAAAAGUGGCUGUCUUCAUUAACCCACCGCUCAACAAGGAGUCUUCAGGUUUGGAGUGCUCCUACAACGUGGAGAUCAACAAUAACAACGUUUGCCAGAUGAGGAUCGACUUCGAAACCUUCAACCUUGCUCCUCCUACAACUGUGGAGCCAGUGGAGAACGUGACCCAGCGUCCAGGGUACACGUGUAGGAACGACAUCUUCCAGGUCACCAACCUGCAAGCUAACUCGGAGUUCUUCCCAGCAUUGUGUGGUGACAACAAUGGACAACAUUUAUACGUCCGUGUGAACGCGUCAACAAACAGUCGCUCAAUUCGCAUCAACUUCAAGAUCGCUGACAGAAACACACAGCCCAACCUGCCUCAAGCAACGUGGAAGAUCAAGGUCACACAGCUUGAGUGCUUCAACACACUGGGCAAAUACCGUGAUGGUAUCCUGGAAGCCAUCACGUCGUCGCUCCCAUCAACUCCUCUCUCAUCCACGGCUGACAGAGACGAAUAUCUCAUUGCACCUCCCGGCUGCCUCCAAUACUACCCUGAUAGAUCAGGCGCCUUCGAAUCAUUCAAUUAUAACCGUGGAGCUGGUCCCUACAUCGCGAACCUCGCUUACGCGACCUGCUUCAAGAGGACCUCAGAUGUUUGUGGUAUUAAAUUCACAUCAGCAAGCUUCGAGAUGGCGUACCGAACUGAAGACAACCUGUACCUGGACACGGACUGUCAGGUCAAUCCAGUAACCCAGGGGGUAGCGCAGUCGGAAGACUAUCUAUUCAUACCAGAAGCCGAGACUGCUGAUGGUCUUAGAGGAUCAAAGUUCUGUGGAGGCAGCGCUUCUAAUCAAAUUAUUGCUUCCACACCCCCCGGUCCCCUCUACGUCCACUUCAACAGCGACAACCUGGUCACCGACGACGUCCCUGAAGCUGGCUACAGAUUCAAUUAUAAUGUGCUGAACAACUGCUACUUGAGGAUUAGUUUUGAUUUGGUGAAAGAACUCCAAAAGAAGAAAAUAAAUUAAGAAGAACUGUUUAAUACUCAUUGGAAGAAAUAAUUUGCCGAUGUAAUUUUUCUGCAAUAAUUUUAUUGUAUAGAAAAAGUGACCAUUGUAUUAAAAUAUAUAAAUAUAUUAUUUAUGUACUUACAACAUAACUCUAAUUUGUAUAAUUUUACUUAAGAAUAUGAAUUUAGAUCAUUUUUAUAUUGAAUAAAUGUACUGCCCACAAUGUUCUAAGUUUAAUUACCAAAUUAUUUGGUAAAGUCUUAAACUUUGAGAUAUAUUUAAAGAAAUAUUGGAUACAUUCGAUUGGAACCAAUUAAUUUAAUAAUUUACAAUUAUUAAUAAAAGCCAGUUGCAUUUAUAAUUUUAAGCAAUUGCGUAAGUUAGUGAUAAGUAAACACGGUGCAUUGAUCGACAAAUAAAAACAUUUAAAAUAUAA